UGGCCGGAGGAGGGUGUCCAGGAGGCGGCGAGCGUUUGGUUUGGGGGAGGCAGGCCCAGGCAGGGCCCGCGCACCUCCCCACCUCUCUCCCCUGGAGAAGUGGCUGCGGGGCGGAGGCGGGCCGGGCCUGGCAGGGUGCGGUGCGGUUGGCAGUUACAGCUGGCUGAGUGGGCCCUCUCCUCUCUCCCCAGACCCUGUAUAGGAGCCGGGCCCGGCGACGCAGGAAUGGCCCCGAGGCCUCCGACGGCCAGGCCCCAGACCACUGACUGUCCGUUAUAUACCAAAAUGGUUCUGGCCUCUGGAGAUUCGAAGGCGCCUGAGACAAGGUCUUGACCCUCUAGAAGCACAGUGAACAAUAGGAAUCAGUGACAUUUAAAGAUGUGGCUGUGAACUUCACCCAGGAAGAAUGGCACCACAUGGAUCCCGCUCAGAGGCGCUUGUACAGGGAUGUGAUGCUGGAGAACUAUAGCCACUUGGUUUCUCUUGGAUAUCAAGUUUCCAAGCCAGAGGUGAUCUUCAAAUUGGAGCAAGGAGAAGAGCCAUGGAUAGCAGAGGGAGAAAUCCAAAGACCUUUCUGUCCAGACUGGAAGACCAGGCCUGAAGCCAAAUCUUCACGUCUGCAGCAGAGCAUAUCUGAAGUGUCCCUUAGCACAGAUGAUCCCUCAUGUGCCACGUUAGAAGACACUUGGGAUGUUAAUGGCCAGUUAGAGAGGCACAAGGAAAACUGGAAGAGACAUUUUGGGCCAGAUGCAUCCACCCAGAAGAAAAUAAUCACACCAGAGGAAGCUUGUGAGCAAAAUAAAUUUGUUGAAAAUUCUAGAUUGAACACAGACCUGGUUACACAACUGAACAUUCCUCCAAGGUCUAAUGAAUGUGAUACACUUGGGAGCAAUUUGGGACAUAAUUCAGACUUACUCAGUCAGAAUAAUAUCCUUGCAAAAAAGAAACCUUAUAAAUGUAAUAAAUGUAGAAAAGCCUUUAUUCAUAGGUCAUCACUGACUAAACAUGAGAAAACUCAUAAAGGAGAUGGAACUUUCCCCAACGGUACAGAUCAGGGAAUUUAUCCUGGAAAGAAACACCAUGAAUGUACUGACUGUGGGAAAACCUUCCUCUGGAAGACACAACUUACUGAGCAUCAGAGAAUUCACACUGGGGAGAAACCCUUUGAAUGUAAUGUGUGUGGGAAGGCCUUCAGGCAUAGCUCAUCCCUCGGUCAGCAUGAGAAUGCUCAUACUGGAGAGAAACCCUAUCAGUGUAGUCUCUGUGGGAAAGCCUUCCAGCGCAGCUCCUCCCUCGUUCAACACCAGAGAAUUCACACUGGAGAGAAACCAUAUCGAUGUAAUUUGUGUGGUAGGUCGUUUAGGCAUGGCACAUCCCUCACUCAGCAUGAGGUCACACAUAGUGGAGAGAAACCCUUCCAAUGUAAGGAAUGUGGGAAAGCCUUUAGUCGAUGUUCUUCCCUUGUCCAGCAUGAGAGGACUCACACAGGAGAGAAACCUUUUGAAUGUAGCAUAUGUGGGAGGGCUUUUGGUCAGAGCCCAUCCCUUUAUAAACAUAUGAGGAUUCAUAAGAGAGGCAAACCUUACCAAAGCAAUAACUACAGCAUAGAUUUCAAGAGCUCAUCUCUUACUCAAGGUGAAAACACUCUCACUGAAGUGAAAUCCUAUCAUUGCAAUGAUUGUGGGGAAGACUUCAGCCACAUUACAGACUUCUCUGACCAUCAGAGGAUCCACACUGGAGAAAACCCCUAUGAUUGUGAGCAGGCCUUCAGUCAACAACCUAUUUCUCAUCCUGGCGAAAAACCCUAUCAGUGUAAUGUAUGUGGGAAAGCUUUCAAAAGGAGUACGAGUUUCAUAGAGCAUCACAGAAUUCAUACUGGAGAAAAACCCUAUGAAUGUAAUGAAUGUGGAGAAGCCUUCAGUCGACGCUCAUCACUGACUCAACAUGAGAGAACCCACACUGGAGAGAAACCCUAUGAAUGUAUCGACUGUGGUAAAGCCUUCAGUCAGAGUUCAUCCCUCAUUCAGCAUGAGAGAACUCACACUGGAGAAAAACCCUAUGAAUGUAAUGAAUGUGGGCGAGCUUUCCGAAAGAAAACUAAUCUGCAUGAUCAUCAGAGAAUCCAUACUGGAGAAAAACCCUAUGCUUGUAAGGAAUGUGGGAAAAACUUCAGUCGAAGCUCAGCUCUUACUAAACAUCAGAGAAUUCAUACACGAAAUAAACUCUAGGAACCUUGAAAUUAGGGAAUGCGCCAAAAGCUUUAGCUAAAAUAUUGUUCUUAUUCAGUAUCAGAGGAUUCUUACUGGAGAGAAAGCUUGAGAAUGUAAUGAAUUGUGUGUGUGUGUGUGCACAUUGUGUGUGGAGAAAGCUCUGUGCUAGUAGACAGUGUUUUUUUUAAUAAAAGCCACAUUCUCUGGGACUUCCCUGGUGGUCCAGUGGUUAAGACUCCACACUUCCAACUUCAGGGGGCACAGGUUCGAUCCCUGGUCGGCGAAGAUCCCGCAUGCCAUGUGGCACAGCCAAAAAAGAGAAAAAAAAAAAAAAACCAGGAAAAAAAUAAAUAAAAGCCACAUUCUCAGAUCUGAUUACAGACGUGUGUAAAAACAACUACAAACAUCUUAUAUAACCUGUUAGAAAUGAUAUGCCUAUAUAUUGGACUUUGUAAAUCUUUUGAAUAUAUGUUUGCAGGAGAUCACCAACUUUCAACAGUUUAAUUUGUAACUCUCACUGUUUACAGCCUUUUUUAAAAAUAAAUAAAACUCCCAUGGUAGUGACCAAAACUCAUUUUUAAAUUGCUUGACAGCUGCAUUCAACUGCAGUUCUUAAGUUAAAUUUACCAUGGAAACCAGUUUCACCUCCAGGAAUUCACCAUUCAAAGAAUUAGAUCAACUGGUCCAACCGCUUCAUUGUACAGAUGAAGAAACUGAAAACCAAAGAUGUGAAGUGGUUGCACAGCAUGAUACAGUUUAUAGCGGCAAAGCUGGGUGGAAAAUGCAGGUCUCCUGUAUCUUUGGCCCCAUGGUCUUGCCACUGAAAAGAUAUUUUGGAAUUCAGGGCUUUAAAAUAAGUUUUAAAAUAAAUCAGAUGCACAAAUAUUUAAUGAGCACUCAGGAGUUGAAUACUUUGGGAAUUCAUAAAAGCGUAAGAGGCAGCAAGACAUAUGCAGAUUUGUCACACACUUAUUUAAAGCAGCUUGAUGGAAGCUUACAAACCAAAAUGUUAACAGAAAUUGUAAAUAGUUGAACUACUAAUGACUUUUUUCCUUUUCCCAAGUAUCAUACUUCAGCUAAGGUAUGUCAGUUUCAUAGAAUUAUUAAGUCUUCCUACUGUGCUUUUCGUGAUCCUCCCAUGAAAAAGCACUGCCCCAAGCUUCCUGUGUUGAUUUGAUCAAUGGGAAAACAACACAGAACUAAGAGGAAAAAAUUUCCCCAAAUUAAUUUUACUGUAGAGAAGUAUAAAUCCAAUUAUCCAUUGCCAUAAAAUUUGCCUUUAAAUCAGUUUAGGGAAUCAGCAUGUAGUGGGUCAUUUUGUGUGCCAAGGAAAUUUUCACCAUUAAAAAAUUAACUUUUAUGGCUCUGUGGUGCUUUUCCAUCAGUAAAGUGUGAGGUAAGCUUCAAUAGCCCACUCUAAUCCUUAAUAUCCCCUAAAGCCUCCCACGGCCUAUUCUAAAGGAAUUUCCAGAAUCUUUGUUCGUUCAUUGGCACCAGUAGUGCAGAUAAAUUUGGAAGCAACUGUAGAAAUUGACCCCUUUCAUGAAAGAGCCUCUGUUUCCCCCAAGGUAAGCAAAUUUUCCUGCCCUAAUGAUGAAUCCUGGGGAGGAGUGAUACGGGGUGGUGUUGAUGGUGAACCUUUCCUACUGGCUUCUUUGCAUGCCAGGUGGCAGGAUCCAUCAUUUUUGUCUCAUCCUGGACAACAUGAGGCAGCUCCCAAACAUCCUUCAUAAUUCUCUGCAGGAAAAAUGUGCCUGGGGCCUGAAAUGUGGGAAGUCCAGCCCAGUGAGUUUGUCAUAUGUGGAACAAGAUGGGAUACUCUAUAGCAGAUCUGCCCUUCCAAGACUUUAACCAUUCAAAAAUACCUUGUUUAUGAUGCUCCACGCUUAGCAUACACCACAAUGCCAAGACCGUGCCUGUGUUGUCUGAUACAUGGUUUGACAAUGGGCAGUUCUACUCGGAACCUCCUCUACUGAUUGGCUAGGAUGCCUAUCAGGAACUCAUUUUUCUGUUGAUUGUUUGGGGAUCCCCAUAGUGGACUGUUUGCAAGAAUGGCAUGAAUUGUAACCAGUUGAGUGCUACGCAGCUGUUGUGGAAGUCUAUAAAGACUUAGUUCCAGAAGACCUAAAGGAGACCACUGGUUUGUGUGUGCAGCCUGGCCUAGAUCCAACCAGUCUCUGAAUCUCAGCAUAUCAUCAUUGGCAGGGAGGGUGCCCAGGAUGUAUGUAUGGCUGAUUGAGCAGAGGAUUCUCUAGUCCCAGCAACCAUGCACCGUGCACUUAAUGAACACCCAGCUUCUAGGCCAUAUGAAAUACAUCCUUGUAACGUUGUAUUAUUUCAAUAAAUAGCCUUCUUAGUUGAA